AUGUUGCUCAACUCGUUUGUUACUGUUGCUCCUUGGAUCAGAACCCUUCGUCCUGCACUCCACCCAAAGAGGAUUGCCAAUUACUCGACUUCAAUUGCUACAUGGGGUGCCUUUGCUGGCAUUGCUGCUCUCUUUUUUAUCGAGCCUACUUCUCUUGCACGUCGUGAUAUCUUCACCAACAUCCCGGUUGUUGGUGGUUUCUGGCAAAAGAAACUGGAUGCUAUGGAACUCAAGGAUUAA